AUGUGUUCUCCGCUGUGUAAACGGGGGAUUGGAGUAGAACGCAUGCAGUACCCGACUCCGGGCUACAGCGACCGACUGGUACUCGCCGUAUUGUCUCUGUCUCAGAUCGAAAUACCUGGCGUUCCAGGCAAAACGAGCGGACCAUUGUUAGUGACAAGCGCGCUGCGCGACAUUAACAUCUCGCCGUUAGAGCGGACGCUCGUGUUUACACGCCGAGCGGGUCCGUGCUCCGUCGGCUUGGUCAGACGAGGAGGUAUCAGAGAAGAGAGGAGCGGCUCUGAGGAGUUGGAGGGUACUUUUGUCGAGGGAAACAUCGCAGUAACUCAGAGAGGAGGGCAGCAGGAGGGAGGAGAAGCAGCUAACUCUCAAGGAAUAACGCAUGAUACGGACAGAGACCUCCCUGUGGUCACGACUGCGCCUCCUUUCUCUGGCCUUAACCACCAUCCCCCUUUUAAAGGGUUUGCUUGGCGUGAUUCGGUGCAUUCAGGUCACCAGCAGUUUUUUGAGGACAGCGGAGGAGCGGACGGUUAUCAUACGACGCCCGCCUCCGCCACGCGCUUCUUCAGAGACCACUUCACCCAGUCGGUUCCUCACGAGGACGCGCCGGCGUUCUCCGACAUAGCCGCCCCCUCUCCCACCACGGCGGCUCCGUCAACCGUGAACGCCGCUACCCCGGCUGUCUCAGAGACACACGAAUCCACAGCUCCAAAACAUGCCGAUGGGGAGAACUCCAAGUCCCAAAGCGAAUCGGUAACCACUGAGUCGCUCACCACCACCGUCAUGCACACGUCUAUGGCCCCUCCCUGCAAAACUUCUCCUGGUGAACCGUUAGACCAAGAGGACGUCGCCAUGGUAAUGACCCAAUCUCCUGUUGCCGUGUCCUCCCUCAAGGCCGAGGAAGUAAAGGAGACGCUGAAGGCCAGGCUUGGGCACGAGGCUCCGUCCAACGAGGUCACUGCAGUGGCCUCACCAGUGUCUGGGGAAUCAGAUGAUGAAACCACGACAACCACUAUUAUUACAACGACCAUAAUUACCACCAUGCAAACACCAGUUCCGUGCCACACAAAUUUUACAGCACCAGGGGGAUACAUUGAGACUCCGCAGGUGUCCAGUUCAUGGUACUACUCAGGUUUGGACUGCACCUACACCGUGACCGUCUAUAUGGGUUAUGGUGUGGAGAUUCAGGUGAUGAACGUUAGCUUGGCUGAGGGGGACACAGUGACGUUUGAGGACCUGGGGGGACGUGAGCCUUCGGUUCUGGCCAACGAAUCCAUCCUGAUGAAGGGCCUGGUGGUGCGUAGCUGGAGCAACCAGAUCACCAUCCGCUUCCACAGCAAGCAGCAGCAGCCGGGAUCCUUCCUACUCCGCUAUCAAGCCUUUAUCCUCAGCUGUCCGUUUCCUGAGCGGCCAGCCAGUGGGGAUGUGUCUGUGACCAGUCUCCAUGCUGGAGGAGAGGCUUACUUCAGCUGCUUCACCGGUUAUCAGCUCCAAGGACCAUCGACCCUCACAUGUCGCAACGCCACCACACCCUACUGGAGUGGAAGCGAGCCCCAGUGCCUUGCAGCCUGUGGGGGAAUGGUGAGAAACGCCACGCUGGGCCGCAUUGUGUCACCAGGUUUCCCUAGCAACUACAGCAACAACCUGACAUGCCAUUGGGUGCUUGAAGCUCCGGAGGACCAUCGUUUGCACAUCCACUUUGAGAAGGUCGCUCUCGCCGAGGACGACGACAGGCUCCUCAUCAAAAAUGGGUACCAUAUUGAUUCUCCUACGCUGUACGACUCGUACGAGGUGGAGUACCUGCCAAACGAGGGUAUCAUCGGUUCCUCCAGACACAUCUUCAUCGAGCUCACCACAGACGGCUCCGGCACAUCCACCGGCAUAGCCGUCAGAUACGAAGCUUUUGCACCAGGGCACUGCUAUGAACCAUUUGUCAAAUACGGCAAUUUCACGAGCAGCGACAGCAGCUAUGCUGUGGGCACAGUGGUGGAGUUCACCUGUGACCCUGGCUAUACCCUGGAGCAGGGCUCCAUCAUUAUUGAAUGUGUGGACCCAGAUAACCCACAGUGGAAUGAAACAGAGCCUGCGUGCAGAGCCGUGUGCAGUGGGGAGAUCACAGACUCGGCUGGUGUUGUGCUGUCUCCUAACUGGCCCGAGGCCUACGACAAAGGCCAAGACUGUAUCUGGGGCAUCCAUGUGGAGGAGGACAAACGGAUUAUGCUGGACAUCCAAGUCCUGCACAUGGGGAAGAAUGACCUAUUGACCUUUUACGACGGCGAUGACUUGACGGCCAAGAUCCUCGGUCAGUACGGUGGCUCGCGGCCGCGUUUCAAACUCUACACCUCCACGGCCGACGUCACCCUCCAGUUCCAGUCAGACCCAGCCACCAACAUCUAUGGCUAUAACAAUGGCUUUGUGGUCCACUUCUUUGAGGUGCCCCGUAAUGAUACAUGCCCUGAGCUUCCUGAAAUCACUAACGGCUGGAAGACAACUUCUCAUCCAGAGCUGGUCCAUGGGACCGUGGUGACGUACCAGUGCUACCCAGGGUUUGAAGUAGUGGGCACAGAGACACUCAUGUGUCAGUGGGACCUUACCUGGAGCGGUGACCUACCUUCCUGUGAAAGAGUGUUGUCAUGUCCAGACCCGGGAAUAGUGGAGCACAGUCGUAGGGUGAUGUCAGGCCCGCGGCUGACGGUGGGUUCUACAGUACAGUACAUCUGUAAUAAAGGUUACUCACUGUCUGGCAACAGCCUACUCACCUGCUACCAUCGAGACUCAAGUGGGCCUAAAUGGAGCCAAAAACUGCCCAAAUGCAUCCCUGAUACGUUUGAGCCUUGCCGUCACCCAGGCACUCCCUCCUUCAGUAUCCUUAGUUCAGAAAAGCGUGUGUACCAGGCAGGGGAGACCUUGCGUUUCUCUUGUCUGAGUGGAUAUGAGUUGCAAGGCCAGUCAGCAAUACGCUGCGUCCCAGGACAACCCUCCCAGUGGAGCGGCCCACCCCCCAUCUGCAAAGCUGUUGCGCGAGAAUAUUUGAAGGAACCCAGGUUAGAAGUUGCCAGUACAGACUUCACCCUGGAGGGAGCCAACAUGACCAUCGCUGUUUUCAUCCCUGUUGCCAUGAUCACCAUCAUAAUCCUGGGAGUUUAUCUGUACUUUUCAAGGGUGCAAGGGAAAUCACUACGUCUGGCUAUGUCAGCAUCCCCACAGUACAACCACAUUAGAGGAGACACAGCUGUUGACAGCCCUGUUUUUGAGAACACAGAGACAAGAGAGUACGAGGUUUCCAUUUAG